AUGCUCGGCACAACUGCAGAAUCUCCUACCCUGACACCGGUCAGGCAAGCCACUUCAACCGACUCCCACACAGACCUGUCAACCGACUCACCGUCUGUAUCGGCAGUUGCACUGAAGCUGCCACAAAUAUGGAGACAGGACCCUUUUGCCUGGUUUGCAUACGCCGAAACAAAUUUCAACCUACACGGCAUCACACGAAGCCGUACCAAGUAUAAUCACUUGGUGUCUGCUCUUCCGUACGAAGUAAUAGCAGAAGUGCGGGAUAUUUUGUGCUCAACCGAAGUCGAAGACCCAUAUGGUUUAAUGAAACAAGCCAUAAUAGAUCGUACCGCGAUUUCCGAACGCGAACGAUUCCGGCAGUUACUUUCUAGAGAAGGCCUUGGCGACGGUAAGCCAUCGCAGCUUCUACGUCAUAUGCAAAGCCUACUCCAGCACGACAGCAAAAAUUUCGACAAUAGAUUACUACGCGAGCUUUUUACGCAGAAACUUCCCGUCGCGAUCCAGCGUGUUUUAGCGACGAUGCCAACGAGCACGGCACUGGAGACCUUGGCAAGCGUUGCAGACCGCGUAAUGGACGUCGACGAGAACUGCAUUAAUGCAGUACAAACAUCGUCCCACUCGAAUCCCCAGAUACUAGACUUGGAAAAGAAAGUAUCUGACCUUUCGGACCAAGUCUCAAAAUUACUCGCCAUAGUGCAGAAAAACGAGGACAGAUCAUGUUCCCCUUCAAGAGACCGCCAAAGGCGCGUGCAACACUGCAGCCCUCAGCGACAAAACAAUUCCACAGCUUCAGGUCAGCAGUGUUACUACCACAAGAGUUUCGGAACGGCAGCACGAAAAUGCGUUUCUCCUUGCAACUAUAAGGGGAAACGAGAGCCGCGAGUGAUGACGACGACCACCGCUCGCAAGCGCCGAGUUUUACGACUCCCGGAUCGUCACACUAACUUGAACUUUUUAAUUGAAACCGGUGCAGAUGUUAGCAUACUUCCAGCAUCUACUACCGACCGCUCGAAGCCACCAACGUCACAUCUCUACUCAGCGAAUGGAUCAUCCAUACCUGUUUUCAGAGAAAAGUCGCUCACCUUGGAUUUUGGCCUACGACGGACGUUCAGGUGGGUGGUUUUGAUCGCAAAUGUGAAACAACCUAUUCUAGGCGCCGAUUUUUUACAUCAUUUCAACCUCCUGGUCGACUUGAAAAAGCGCGUUUUAGUGGACGGUACAACCAAUUUGAAAACAACUGGUGACCCCGAGCUCAAGAGAGUCUCCACCGUCUACAACCGGUGA